UCUGCUAACUUGACCGUCUUUUCAGUGAUGAAACUAUAUUGGGAAUUAUGGACAAAAACAUUGGAGAGCAGCUUAACAAAGCUUAUGAAGCCUAUCGACAAGCAUGCAUGGAUAGGGACCAUGCUGCGAAAGAACUACAGCAGAAAACAGAAAACUACAUGCAGCAAAUACGUGAACAGCAGGAAAAGAUAGAGCUUCAAAAUAGCAUUAUUGCAAAACUGAAAUCACAGUUAGCUGCUCUGAAUGCUAAUAGAGGAAAUGUGCAUCCCUACAUUCUCAUCCAUGAAGACAUUGAAACCUCCAACUUAUCUUUCAGCCAGCUCUCUGAAAAACUGAAUAUAGCAAAGCAGAGAGAAAAACUCUUAAAGGAACAGUUAGAAAGUGAGAGCAUGAAGUUGAAGCAACUUGAGGACAAAAGCAAUCAAAAGGCAAGGAAGCUUAUAUCUAUCAUUUCCAACCAAGAAGAUAAAAUAAGAACUCUGGAAAUCAAAUUGAAAGAAUUAAAUGAAGCACAAAAGGGUAUACAGAUGCCAACAUAUAGAAGGGAGGUGAAAAGUAAGAAAGUUCUUCCAGAUAAGCCUGAAUUAUCUUUAGGGAUCUCUGGUAUUUCUCCUAUGCCUGAAAGGGAGAAUCUGGAGACUAUUUUCCAGGACAUGAAAGAAGAGUGUCAUCGAAUAUGUAUGCUAGCCAGAGAACAAACAAACCAACUGUGUAAAUUUAAGAUAAAGCCAGAACCUGAAACUGAAAUACAGUUUCCCAUGCCAAUACAGUGUACUGAUAAAACUGAUGAACAAGCAGAAGAGCUUUUUAAGCCUCGGGUUAUAAAGGAUAUAAAUAGAGGUGUAUCAUGCAUCACAUCUAUCACACCAAGAGGAGUGGGCCAAGAUGAGGACAACAACUCUGUAGAAUCACUUUCUAAAUUUAAUGUCAAGUUUCCACCUACAGACAAUGACUCUGCUUUCUUGCAGAGCACUCAGGAAAAACCAACAGUUCCUUGUACUGGUAUAGCUGAAAACAUGCUUCAAGAUUUUAACCUGGAGCACAGAGACCAAUUGGAGCCUAACUCAUUUGAAGCUCAUGGAGUUGAUCUCAUGACCUCAGCUUUACGAAGCUUAACUACUGUUGACAAAACAAACCCCCCAAAUCAUGCAAACAUGCCCAUAGAAAAUAUCCGUGACAAAACAUGUUUAAAAACAACAGACACUGAUUUCACAUUUUUACCUAAGCACACAAACCAGAGUAUACCUGAAGUAAUUUUUUCAUCUUUAGAAGCUGCUGGGACAACUGUCAGAGGUCCUCAUCAGCUCGUUUGGCAGCCUCAAGACAAUUAUUUGCUGGCACAAGCUUAUACAGACUCUGAACUGAAUCAGUGUGGAAUAUGUGAAUUCUGUCGAGAAGUUUUCCCACCAUCUAUAACAUCUAAGGAAGAUUUUCUUCGGCAUCUGAAUUCCCACUUUAAAGUACAGUCUUAAUAUAAGAUAAUUCAAUGGAUCACUGAUUUUGCAUACAUUUGACUUAUUUUAUUCAAUAGAUAUACUAAGAAUUUAAGAAUUAAGACUCCUUACAACGAACUCAUGACUGAAAUUGUUUGUCAGAUAAGCACAUUUUUAAUUGUCCUUUGACAAGGUAAAAUGAAACUGUAAGUCACUCAGUACUGUAACUCACAUUAUUGCUUGUUAUGCUUCUUGUGCUUCAAUAUUAGCUUUGAGAGUGAUGUUAAACACUUUCCCCCUCUCCCCCCCCCCCCCCCCCUUUUCCCAAAGUCAUUACUAUAUUUAUGAGUGUAAACUUGUAAACUUGCAGGAUUCAUGCCUUAGUCUGGCUGGGGAAACUAGUGUAAUGCUAGGAUUUUUUUUGUCUAUAUCCAGUUAUGUGUUUAUGUUCUCCUUUAAGUAAACAGGAAGAGAAGUAGGCUCUCACUUUUCCUUUCUUUAUAAUAUUU